AUGCAUUUGUCGUCGGACUACACAGCCACCCCCACCACAAAGGCUUAUUCAAACAAAGAGGCUGUUAGCGAUGCCAAGACUGACGUGACCACUGCAGUUGAUGGAACUAAACAUGCUGAACCGCGUAAGGCUAAGUGUUUACCACCGAGCGAUACACUCUACGCAUAUACAUCUGAUUUAGGCGGCUUGCAGUCAGGUGACAAUAGUACCUCGCAACCCGGAGGAGAUACCGACAUGCGCACAAUCGAGGAUAGAAAGUUCGAACAAUACAAGCACACCGUGGGACGCAUAGCGGAUGACUUGGGUGCGCAUGCGGUAGUGCCCACAGAGAAUGAGGCGGGCUGUGCGGUAUCAACGAAGACGGGCCACCAGUCACAGGAUACGGUUGAAACAGGUCAUGUACAGUCCCUAGUUGCGGGGACAGGUGCAGUGGAAAAGGCCCUGAUAAGGGCAGGUGAUAUAGUUGAACGAGAGGUGCUCGGAUUGGAAGAGACCUUCUAUCUGGUGUAUGGCUUGCAGUGCUUGGACUUGUACCGUGAGGGUAACGAGACACCGAUGACCAUCCAAGAUGUCUGGACGGCCUUCUGCACACUGCACGCUGCAUUCAUCCCCCGGUACACCGUCUAUCACCACUACCGUGCCUGUGGGUGGGUGCCGCGGUCCGGUCUGAAGUACGCGACGGACUUUGUGUUGUACAAGAUGGGUCCUAUAUUCACCCAUUCCAGCUAUAAUGUCCUGAUACGCACGGAGAAUGCACCGGAAGGGUUUGGACAGGGCCUGGCCUGGAUGUCCCGACAGGAGGGAUGGGGCAAGAUACAGAAUCUGCAACGGAUGACCGAGGGUGUCGCUAAGGAUACCGUACUGGCGUGGGUGCUAUUCCCUACGACAUUUGACUGCACAACCCCUGAGUGCCUGGGCCAACUACAAGUAGAUGAGUACAUCAUUCGAAGGUGGAGGCCGGAGGGUACGUGAGCGCGUUUGAGAACGAGGUCAGCGGUUUAUAUGCAACGCAAACCAGGUGUGCAGGUGGUAAAAUAACGCUUGGGCCUCGUUGCUGCUUGCGAGUGAGCGAGUACAUAAUCCGAUGGAGGAGGCUGGAGGGUAUUUAAACAGCCUUAUUGUAUUCGGGAUCAACUUCAGAUUGUGGUCGCUAUAACCUUAUACUGCUGGUUGUUUUUGCACACCUCUGAGUCGCCAGGGCCAACUGUAUCUUCACCAAGUUAGUAAGCGGAGGCAGGAGAGCACCAAGUAGCGCUAGAGUGGGAUGGGAUGAGUUUGCAGCACAUAGCACACAAUUUCAAACACCAACAUAGUACAGAUCGGAGGGGGAUAGCUCGAGCCUUUGUAAAGAACGUGAAUGGACGAGUACAUCGCGCGAAGGUGGAACCUGAGAGCAUCUCAAUACCCGUACACAGCUGUUGAAGUCCAGUACUUAUCAGUGUAUACCAGUAUACCAGUGUCUAACUCAGUGGAGUGUGUCAACACUUGACACGAUAAGAUCUACACACGAAGUGCACAAAUUUUUGAGUGCCUGCGCCCACUACAAAUAGAUGUGCAUAUCCGCUCAAGGUGAGGACCCCAUGGUGUGGUAGAAACACGGAUUUUCAACCGUGUCAACUAGGUUUGUACAUAACCAGGACGCGACAGAACUAGUAAAGAGCUGCCUGAUGUAUUGGCAAGUAAUCGGAAUCUGUUGUAUGACCUGGCCAGUUACACAAUGUGAUCAAUUUGUGCUCUCAGAGGAAGGUAGCCCCGGUUUGAGAGCAAGUGAUACCCAGAAGUUGUUUCAUUGAACAAUCUUCCAAGUCAUACCUAGCAGUACCCAUCACAGAUCCCAAAGAGCUGAUACGACUUUGAAAAAUUGGGAGGGGGGGGUGUGGGCUACUACUGGGUCUGAUCACUAUUGAUAGCCCAAAAGAAUCUAGUACUAGGUCACCAAUUAGAGUCCAAUAUAAGAAUAGUCCACAGCAAGUGGUGCAUAUAAAAGCUAGCGAUCCUGACCCCCGUUGCUCUUGACUGACACACCCCACGUGCAAUGGAUGUUUAAGGAACAAUAUGCGACAGCCUCCAAAAGUGAUUGCAAGGUUACUGGUUACUGCUGUCUAUUAUCUGUAUAAGUAUUCUCCAGUACGUGUCGCACCUAUUACACUAUUGUACCCAAAUUAAACAUCAUAGGGAAAGGUAGGCGAACAACCCCCCUCCC